AUGGCCAAGCCUGACCCCAAGGCAAAUGAGUAUAGCAAGCUUGAUGACAGUAAUGCUCAAGCAAUGAAGGCACUCUCAAAUUCGAAGACUGCUGUAGGAUGCUCUAUCAAGAUCAUGAACAUGAGAUUGCCUCCAAACGAGGAUGAGGACAAGGAUGACACCAAUUAUCAUGAGCUCACUGCCACCGCUGCUGCCAACAGUCCCAUUGCAAGUCACCAGCCACCAAAGACGUGUCCUGGAAUGGACUGUGAAGAUGCAAUCCCUGACAAUAUCUCUGACCAGCUCAAGACUGCCUUGUCCACCUAUGUCGGCCUUGUCAAGGAAAGGAAGACCAAUAUUUCCCUCAAGGUCACAGAGGCAAAAGGUUGGCCAGCCACAAAAAUCGAGUUCAAAGAUAUCCCCUCUCACAUUCUGGAAAUGUAUGAUGAACUCAAGAAACUUUUGUUCGAUGUGGAAGCACACAAGAACCUCUGGCUCUGGACCUGUUUCAAAGCCAACCUCAAAGUGAAUCAUUACACAAUAGCGCAAUUUGCUCAAAUGCACAUCCCUCCAAUGUCUUCAGCAAUAUGGGAAAACUCACGCUGCAGAUACUAUGGUUCGAAAGGUGCUGCAAUUGUUAUGCACAUGCUACUCCAGCUAUUUCCACCAACAACGUCCACUGACGCUUUUCAGCCUCUUUCACUUUUGCAGUACCUAACCUACUUCAUAAUUCCCCAUGUCAUCUGUCAGUUUAUCACUCAAGACUUCAGCCUUUUGUCGACCAUGCCCACACACAAUAUCAUGGUAGAAAGUAACGAUGUUGGCAAACUGAUCAAUCCCAAGCGUGAUGAUGAUGAUGAGCUCGAUCAGAUCAAACGUGCAAUGACAUUUGCUCUUAAACAGAGAAACCUCAAGGGCCAAAUGAUCCAUGACACUGCUAAGGCACUGGUCACACUUCAAUAUGCAAAGACAACUGAUGUUCCAGGCACGAGUGUCAAACGCUUGCCCAAAACUGCGUCUUGUGCUUCGUCUACCAAAGGAGGGAGCCCCUUGCACAUCUAG